GUUUGGUGGCUUGGUUCAAGAGCGAGAAUGCUGGCCCAACUUGGCCCAGCGAUGCUGGUGACACCGAGGGCAAGACCACCCACGGCACGGUGACAAAGAAGGUGGAGGCAGGCAACGGGGCUGCGAAGCCGGUGGCCUUCAUCUACGGUGACACCAAUGCUUACUUCGACUUCGGAAAGAUCAUGAAGAGUGACUACACCAUCUGCUCGGUGAGCCGCUAUGCCGGUGGCCACAAGAACCGCGUUCUCCAGGUCGACGGGAAGACUUGGCUGCAUGGGCACUGGGCCAACAACGUUGGUGUGGCACACUACCAGCACUGGAACACUCACAGCUCAAGAAAUGGUGGCAGCACCGACUGGUUGGUGAUGUGCGGCAGCAACGGCCGUAAGGUCUACUUGGGCAGUGACCCGAAGAAAAACAUUGCCACCGACAAUGGGCAUUCGUUCAGUGAUGGUGACCGCCAUUUGGUCGUCAACAAGCCUUCCGAGCGUUCGGAGUUUGGUGUCAUGGAGGUCAUCGUUUGGGACCGGAAGCUUCAAGACGAUGAGAUGCAGGCGACGGUCGAGUACCUGAACCGCAAGCUGAAGCACGGCACUGCCUAG